GGGUUUCGGUCGUAUUGGCGUAUUGGCGCGUUCCCACCACAACGACACGAAAAUGCACCUGUCGUACCUCUGCCGGAUGCUGGGGACCCGCGACGUGCAGCGCUUCAUGUGCCGCGCCGGCAUUCAGGUCGGAACUGACGCUUCCAUGCAGAAAGUGCAACAAGCAUUCGCCGAGUUCGUGCGCGAUGUACAGAAGGCGGCGAUCGCGAGCAUGGAAGCAGACCGACGACUGACCGUGUAUGCCAAGGACAUUGCCACGGCCCUGUCGGUGCACCCGUCUCGGAUUCAGCUGUACGGCUUUGACGAUAUUGUUGAGGGCGAGGACUCAGCUCGUGACAGCGAAGACGAAAACGAUGCGAGCGACCAAGACGACGACGACAUUUGCGAAUCCUCUGACGACGAGUGCUCCGACGACGAAGGGACUGUCGACGGUGAGGAAUACUUUGACGAUUCCGCGUAUGGCGAAGGCGAGUUCUCGGACGCGGACGAUUCGGGCGCGCAUGAUGCCGAAUAUGCCGACGAAGAUGCGAUGUGGGAUACCUCAGACGACGGCUACGUGCGGCUGGACGACGCACAGAUGCAGGUCGCGCUGUCGCGGGAGAUCGCGACGCCGUACGUGGUGUCCCGCAACGUGUUGCUGCAGAUGUGGAUGGCGCUCACGACGCUGCCGAUCACGCGACCUGCAUUGAGUGCGUUACACAGUGCCGUCGAGCAUUUCAUCGGUCGGGAGCUCGUGGACGGGAAACUCGGGAGUCAGCUUCUGUACACUGUCAUGGAGCGUUUGGUGGUUCAACAAACAGACGAGACCGCGCGGCUAGAGGCGGAAGUGGCCGAGUGUCGGGCGGCGCUGGCUAAAUUCACCAAGAAGCGGGGUCGGGGCGGCGGAUUACGGCAAGGAUCUGGGCAGCACAACGAGAACAUUCCGCCAUCGUCACCUCCCGUGGGGACGAACAAGUCUGCCAAAGUAGUCCUAUCCAUGGACCUUGAUUCGACGACUCCUUCCAAGAAGCACCGCUUUAUGAACGUGGCCAUGUAAUAACAAGAUCUUAACGUUAUUGUGCUUUCGAGUGA